GAGUUCUGUCAGAAGAGACCUUGUCAUUAUUACAGCGUGAAGCUCGCCGUACUACAGGAGAAUCUCUCGACUGUCAAACGGGAACAACCUCUGUAUUAAGAACCUGAACUGUGAUCGCAAUGGCGGUGAUGAACAAUGCGGCUACAGAUAAGGUGGUACUCCAGAAGUACCUUGACCUUGACCUUGGCACGGAAAGAGUGAUGGCGGAGUAUAUAUGGAUAGAUGGUACUGGUGAGGGAAUCCGCAGCAAGUGUAGAACUUUAGAGAAAGAACCAAAGGAACCAUCAGAUUGCCCUAUUUGGAAUUAUGAUGGAUCAAGUACCUACCAGGCAGAGGGCUCCAACUCCGACAUGUACCUUCACCCUGUCAGUAUAUUCAGAGAUCCCUUUAGAGGGGGUAAACACAAGCUAGUCUUAUGCGAGGUGUACAAGUACAACAAGAAACCAGCAGAAACCAACAGACGUGCAGCCUGUAAUGCUGUCAUGGAGAAAGCUAAAACGUCUUUCCCCUGGUUUGGAAUUGAGCAGGAGUACACACUGCUUGAUCUUGAUGGUCAUCCCUUUGGCUGGCCAAAGAAUGGAUUCCCAGGACCCCAGGGACCUUACUACUGUGGAGUUGGAGCCAACAAGGUAUAUGGACGUGACAUCAUUGAAGCCCACUACCGUGCUUGUCUAUAUGCUGGGGUCAAAAUUGCUGGCUGUAAUGCUGAGGUCAUGCCUGCUCAGUGGGAAUUUCAAGUCGGCCCGUGUGAAGGUAUUGACAUGGGAGACCACUUGUGGAUUGGACGAUACCUUUUAUACCGCGUGGCUGAAGAUUUUGGUGUCGUUGUAACGCUUGAUCCCAAACCUAUUGAGGGCGAUUGGAAUGGCGCAGGUGCUCACUGCAACUACAGCACACUAGCCAUGAGGGAGAAAGGAGGCAUCAAGGCUAUUGAGGAGGGUAUUGAACUUUUGUCCAAGCACCAUGUCCGCCAUAUAAAGGCAUACGAUCCCAAGGAGGGCAAAGACAAUGAAAGGCGAUUGACAGGUCACCAUGAGACUUCCAGCAUCCACGACUUCUCAGCUGGUGUUGCUAACCGUGGUGCCAGUAUUCGUAUACCAAGACAGGUAGCUGAAGACGGAUGUGGUUAUCUUGAGGACAGACGUCCAUCCUCAAAUUGCGAUCCAUAUGCAGUCACAGAAGUCAUUGUCAGGACGACUGUGUUAAAAGAGUAGACAUUAACUAGCAAUUGAAUGAACGUCGGAGAUUGAUAUAAAAUCAUGCAAAACUUUAUAAAAGAGAUUUUUACAGAAGGACUUUGUUUUUUCAACAAGUCAAUAAUAAAUGAAGAGUAUCUAACAGAAAUUUGACAUUUAGUAAGAUAUAACCUUGAUCUGUCACCAUAUCUUGUCAAGGUUUUGAUAUAAAGUGCAAAUUUUACUCGUUCUUGACUCGGCAUGAUGUAAACGGGGUCAGAAUUUUUAAUACGCAGCAACAUUCUAUAUAUAGUUUUAUAAAGAUAGCUAACAUUUCGCUACACAGUUUCUUUCACAGACAGAGAUAAAUAUUAUGAUAUUGCCUGUAUAAUGUAGCUAAGACAUUGAAAUAAAAAAGUUAAUAUUGUGUAAGAUUUUAAAAUCAAAAAAUGACAGAUAUAAUAAUGCAUUAUUUUCUACUUAAAUACUUGGUCUGUCUGCUUGGAAGGGCAGCAGAUUUAUUGAAUUCCACGAGAACAUGAUCAUGUAUGUAUGAUUUACGUCACUAGAAAACUAUGUGUGUAUUGGUACGAGAGGAAGAGGAUGUUGAAUGGAAGUUCAAUGAUGGAAAGAAUUGAGUUUGGAAGGGGUUGUGAAACAAAAAGCUGCUGAUAAAUUAUUUUGUGUUCUGUAUCUCGAUCUACACGAGUUUUAAUAAGAUCAGGGGAAUUCUGUCUAGGUGAUCUUCAACAUCGGGAGAAAGAGUUGUAUGUCUUCGUAAGUUUCAUUAUCAUAACAUUAAUGGACCACUAUAUCAACUUGUCAAAUUAUAUUUGUAUACGGUGUUGUCCCAGGUAGUGAUCACCAAUAGAGAUAUGUAUAUUCACUGUAUCAUUAACCUCACUGCAGUACUCGAGAUAAGAGAGCAUGUUUAGUCACCAUUAUGGAUUUGCACCACAUUGGAGCAGACAGUUGUAAAUAUUCGUUUUUAUCGUUACUUUCCUUAGAAUCUCUUCUUUACAGGUAAAGAAAAAAGCUUAAAAGGAAAUAAAAAAUGCUAAAACUUUAAUACAA